CCUACCUUGACCGUGGCCUCACUUUUUGCUAGAUAAUCUGUAUCAAACUUAUCUUAGUAUUUUUUGCUGAAAAACUUCAUUUUUUUUUGAAUGACUUAAUCAAUAUUGAAAUUGAUAUAAACUAUAUGGCUUAAUUUGUGUAAGUCUUUAACCAUUCUGUCUUGAAUCUGUUUUUCGACGCAAUAUUUUAUUUAAGUUUUUUGUUUUGUCAUAAAUUUGUCAGAUUUCUGUUAGUUUCACAUGGGCUGUAACCCCAGCAUGGAGAAGAAAAAUACGUCUUAUAUGGAAAUUGCGAAUAGCCGCCAGUCAAAAUUGGUAAAACCUAAAUCACGCCUCCCUGCUCCCAAAACAGCACUUCAUAGACUGAAAGAUAACGGAGAUAGCAAAUCCAAUACAAAAAAUGCAUUCAUACCUGAAACUGAAAUAAAAAUGAUUGAUGAUGCUAGUUCCAUGACUGCAUGCAGCAAAGAAACUUUAAGUGAAAAUACCUCAGUUGAUUCUAUAAAAGAACCUUCAAAAGCCAAGAAUAACGGAAGCAAAUCGAGAAUAAAAUCAAUAUCCAAGUUAUUUUCAUUUGGAAAGUCAGCUAAGAACUCCGUUUCAUCUAACUCUAAUAGUGCAAAAGCGCCUAUUCCCUUAAAGUGCAAUACAAAACUUAAAUCUCCGACUAGCCUAUCAAAAGUUCAUGCAAAAUCUAGUCGUGAUGAGAAACGUCUUCCACUCAACAAAGAAAAAGAAACAACAGUAGAAAAAAAUGUUGCUAAAGAUAACAGUCAGAGAGAAACGUUUCAAUCAAAAUUGAAACCGCUAAAGACAACUAUAUCAAAGCCUGCUAUUAUUCGGCCAAAAGAACUUUCGUUGAAAAAGUCUGCGGACGAUAAUGUAUUUGUAGCUGAAACGCAUAAUCUGAAAAAUUCAUCCAAAACAGAAGUAAAAAAGCCAUUACCGCCAUUAGCUCAAGCUGAGGAUUUGACUUUGAAUUCUGAUGAUCUAAUGGAUGACUAUGACGAUGUUGGAGAAAUAUCAACUUACACAAAUGGGUCUUCCGCAGUAAUAGACAAUCAUGCUUCUUCUAUAAGUACAAGGAGAACAGGAAGAACGUUUUCUUUUCCACCCCCUAUGGCUGAGAGUCCCCAUAAUUCUAUUGAACUAGAUGCUUCUAUUUAUAAUCAUGUCGUCAGCGAUGUUACUGGGUUAAAAACGCUACUUUUGAAAUUAAAGAGGUGCUUAAAUGAAUCGGAGGAUUUAGAAGGAUACCUCGAUAGGGAGAGGAGAAUUCAUGAACUAGAAAAAGAGAAUGAACUUUUGAAAAAGCAAUUGCGAAAUCAGCAUUGUAUUUCGUCGGCUUCCACUCAAACGGAGUCAACAUUCUCUCACUCAUCACUCAAUUCAAAUAUGACUAGAAGUUCACCGAUGCAAGACUGUAACUGCAAAGCGUUAAGACUGUGA